AUGACGUCUACAUCUAAUCCUACCAUUCAUGAAGGCUCUUCGAAAGAAAGUAUAUCGAAGGACAUCGAAUCUAAUACAGAGACGAAACCUAAGCGAGUUGUCACGGGGCGAGAUAUUUUGAAGCAAUACUUCCAGGGAGACCCUGUAGCACUCAUAACAUAUCGUAAAAUCUGUAAUGCGUUUGAAGUCCUUCCAAAAUGGGAGCCGGCUGCAAAAGUUCAGUUCUUGGAGCAGUUUCUCAAUGUGAGCGAUCUGCUGGACAGUCGCUGUGCAGGACUUGUUACAAAUCUUGCUGUGAGUUCCUCGUUUUUCCUUAGGGUAUGUUUUGAGGUCUUCUCAACUUUUUUGGAUUCAGAUACAAAAUGGCUCCAUCUCGGUAAUGAAGCUAAAAAGGAGGAAGUGUUCUCUAUACUUCUGUCACUUUUGGAGAACCGUAUGCUGUUAUCCGUACAUGUCCGCUAUACGUCAUUUAUUUGGCUUUACAUAUGCAGUCUUGACGAGAAAUACGCUACGCGGACGCUGGAUUUUUUAUGGUCCAUUAUUGUACGACCACAAACUAACCAGUCAGAUAUAGCCAAAGGACAUGGCGCUGCUGCUUAUCUAGCCGCCUUCUUAGCUAGAAUUAUGCCCGGUGUCAUACGGCAUGGAGUAUUUUACGCAUUGUGUCAAGCAUUUUUCAUAAUUUUCUCGUUUCGGUAUAAAGAAAUGGUUAAAAGCGGAGAUAUUGAAGAAGUUGGGAGAUGGGGACUUGGACGCAUAGUGCAUUCACCGCUGGAUCCAUUGAAAUACGUUGUUAGGCCUGUUGGAUUGUGUUUUGGCGCCAUCACUAGAUCGUUGCAAUUGGUUUACUGUAACCAUUUACUGCCGUUCGACGCUGGCACGAAACUACCGUUUGAGCCCAUGUUUCCAUUCGACAGUUUCAAGCUCAAAAGCUCAAGUGUAUUAAUCUGCGCACAGACGCGACGCUUCUCUCCCCUGGCUGAGGACAAGUCAGAGGUGUCAUCAGUCUUGCGGAAUUCUCAAAUCAGCUCUUCUGAUAAUCAUCCGUCAGGAUUCUCACAGUGUGGUAACCAGUCUUCUAUGUUUACAAUAUAUUCAUCCAGUCCAGGUUUAAGACACCUCGAUAGUCCUAUAGAUAUGAACUCUUACUGA